CGUAUCGCUCCCCUUCUCUUCCUCUUCCAGCAUUCUUCCAGGCACAGUUUGCCCCUUCUGGAUUUAUCCUCUGCCUUCCCUGACAUUCCUUAAGUGGUGGAAAGUUCUGGAAAACUGGUGAAGGUGGCACCUGAACGCAGAUAAAGAGCGCUGUACCUCUCCAGUUGUGUGAGAGUGACACGAGUCCUGGGUAAGGAGUGAAUACUCGAAAGGAGACGUGAAGCUCUGUUGGCUGCUGCCAUGACUCUGCUCUGCUACAACAAAGGCUGCGGGGUCCGUUUCGAAGAGCAUGAGAACACUGACGAUGCCUGUCUGCACCACCCAGGGCUGCCCAUCUUUCAUGAUGCCCUUAAGGGUUGGUCUUGCUGCAGAAAGAGGACCACAGACUUUUCAGAGUUCCUGUCUAUCAAGGGAUGUACCCGAGGGCGCCAUAGCAACCAGAAACCACAGGAACCACUGCGUCCGGAGGUCACAUCAGACAAAGGGGACUUGCAGAACCACAACAACAAGGAAAUCAUCUAUACUGGGCCCAAAUCUGCAGAGGCCCUGCAAAAGGAGAGACCCAGCCUUGAUGAGCCCAAGACCAAGCUGGCAGUGAAGGUGUCGACCUCAUUGGCUCAGGUGCUGGAGAAGCUGCAGAUAACCCAGAAGGCAGAGGCACAGAAACAAGAGAGCCAGGCUGUCAUGUUCGGAACACGGUGCAAGAAUGCAGGAUGCAAAACAGUAUACCAAGGAGAGGCUACUGAUGCAGAGGUCUGCAUCCACCACCCAGGGGUGCCAGUGUUCCAUGAAGGGUACAAGUACUGGAGUUGCUGUUGCAUCAAGACUCUCGACUUCAACGCCUUCCUGGACCAGAAGGGAUGCACCAAUGGAAAGCAUCGCUGGAUCCCCAAACAAGACAAGAAGAAGGUGGCAUGCAGGUAUGACUGGCACCAGACUGGGAACCAGGUGGUAAUCACGCUGUAUGCCAAGAAUGCUAACCCAGAACACUCCUAUGUGGAGGCCAACCGCACCAUGUUGACGGUUCACAUCCAGUUUGAAAAUGACAAAGUCUUCCAUACGGACUUCUACCUCUGGGGGGUGAUCAGCGUCUCCAAGAGCUCGGUUAGCAUGGUGCCGACCAAGGUGGAGCUGAUGCUGAGCAAGGCAGAUGCGGUGGCUUGGGGCAAGCUGGAAGACCCACAGGCCAAGGCGGUGGCCCCCGCAGAGCCGCAGGAGGAGAGCUACGUCGACCCCAAUGAGAUGCCCGACUGGGACAUUGACGACGACGACAUUAGCGAGUCCGAAGAUGAGGAACCGGCCCCCCCUAAGUGAGCAGGCCCUACGCUGCCGCUGAGGGGCCAGUUUCGAUAGAAGCACUGGUGAUGUACAGGGGCCCCAGGCUACCUCAGAGGGACUGGUAACAGGAUGAGGGGUUAAGGCUAACUCUCACAUCCAUCCUGCAGCGUGAUAUGAUGCUUAAUGUGCUGUAGAGAAACAAGGCCUUGUCUUGGGCAUCGUUCUGAUGUAGGUGUUGGGGGAGAGGAUCUUACCUGUGACCAUUAAGGUGACUAAAGAUUAAAAUGUGAGCUUGAGUUUUACUUACACAAAAAGUUCUGAAGGCAGAAGGAAAAAUGACUGGUUCAGAGUGAUAACCAAUCAUACUGUAGAGGAGGUGGGUCCAGGUGACUAGAGGAGACAGGGCAAAGACAUCUGAUUGGUUGAUCCUGCGUCCUCUAGUUGCUUGGACCAACCUCCUCUACAAUGUGAUUGGUUAUCUCUCUGAACCAGUCAUUUUUCUUUCUGCCCUCAGAACAAGUAAAACAAGUAAAACUCCCACGAGAAAAAUACUAAUGUAUGUUUGACAGUUAGUCUUUGCUUUAGGUUGUUUUUUUUGUUUUUUCCAGCCCAGGGUUCCAGUGAAUGACCAUUUAGGACUGUGAGGAUAUUUAUUUAGCAGGUCUUAAUGUCAGCAUACUGUAGACAGUGUAUCCCGCUGUUUAUAGUACAGCUGUGGUUUUUGUGCCAGCGAUUGUGUGAACAUGCUGCCAUCUGCAUGUGAAGCGCAGUAAACUGUACUAGACUGUAAUAUGUUUGUGAAGGUCCAGCUGAAUGUUUUUAUAAUUCUGUGGCUUGAUAAUAAAAUUGUGAAGAUUCA